UUUGCAUGUUGCAUUAUUCUCCUCAUUAAUUUGUGUUUUUAUUUUGAUUUUUAGGUGAUCAUGGAUUUAUUAGGGUCCAUAAUGCAGGCUAUGGACAAACCUCCCUCCUUAAGCGAAAAAGAACGUGUAUUAUUAAAAAAAAAAAAGGAAGAAAUUGAAAAGAAGCAAAAAGAAGACCAGGAAAGACUGAAAAGAUUUAAAGAUAGGGUAGAAGCUAAACUGGUGAGCCAUUUUAGUGAUUCCAACAAUAUCAUGCUAAAGUUUGAUGCAAUGGAUCAAAUACAUCGAAGUAUAGUACAUGAAGCAGCUGAGUCACAAGAGUUAUUGUCCUAUGCUUUUGGUAUUGACGGUAUUGAUAGAUAUAUAAGAGUAUAUAGACGAGAAAAUGCACCUUGUGAAGAUGAAAUUGCAGCUAGAAGACGCGGAGAACCAUGGAAUGAAGAGAUCAGGCAAAGACUAAUUAAAACAAGAGAACAGCAUAAAAUAGAGGCUCUGGAAUCUGAACAGAGAAAAAGGCCAAAAAAGAUGAUUCCAAAUAGUAAUUAUAAAGAUAAAUAUGCUCAUAUUAUAGGCCAAGAAGCAGCUUUGGAAGCUGCAAGGAAAACAGAAACGAAUAAAUCAUAUGGAUUUGUACCAAGUGAAAACAAAAAGGAUGUUAGAUCUAUAGAACAAACUAUGGCAGAUAUAAGGGCGAAACGUAGAAAACUAAAUGAAGAAGAGAAAAACGCAAAUUGAAUAUUAUUAUUGUAGUCUGUUUAGGGCAAUUCACAUUAAAAUAUAUUUAAAUUACUUUAUAGUUUAAGAAAAGUCUGAUAAAAAUGAAGGUUACAUUAUUUUAUAUAGAAUAGUAUGUAUAAGAUGUAAAUACAAGUAAUUUUUAUUGAAAUAUUAUAAUAAUUAUUAUUAUUAUGAUUAGAUGACUCUUUUUAGUUAUGGUCAGCGAAUUGACCAGAACAUAUGCCAUAAUUUUAGUUGAGAUUGUUUUUUCUCUUAUUAAAGGAUUGUUAUACUUAUAUUGACAAAAUAAAAGAAUUAAAAUCUGGUCUA